AAGACAAAAAAAAUAAGCAGAGGUGUCAGGUAAAUAAAAAUAAGAACAGCAUCCUCCCGAUUCCAUAAUUUGUUUGCUGCAGGAACUCAAGAGCUGUGAAAGAAAACAAGAGAGGAGAGAGAAAGUAGUGAGAGAGCGAAAGUCAGUGUAACCGUUGAAAAGGAGAAAGAGAGACAUUAAAUUGCUUGCAUAAUCUGUUGGGUUUUGAGUUUCUUCAUUACUCCUCCCUGUUUCCCUUUCACCUACUACCCCUCUCUUUCUCUCUCUGUACACGAAGGAAAGGAAAGGAAAUAGAAUGCCCAAUAAUUCCAUCCCCAAUACGUCUUCGUCGUUUCUAAUUGUGGGUUUUUUCCCCCUCUUCUUGUGAUUUCUAACCAAAUCAAGAAAUGGGUAAUCGAUUCAUUUGUAUGAAGAAGGAGAAGGAGGGAAAAGAUAAUGGAUCGAAGAGCAAGCGAAUGCAGGGUAAUCGAUCUCAGCGGAAAAUGCUUGCGGAAGAAGAGUUCCUGCACAGGCAGGCUCUGUCAAUGGCAAUUCAUCAGCACCACUUGUCGUCCCAGAGGUUUGAUGGAUCCAUGUCCCGUCGAAUCGGAUCCACCAGCUCUCGCCGCCACACUCUCCCCGAUCUCUCUAAUGCCAAACAACACCAGUUACCAGAAUUUUUGGAGAAUAUCAAAACAAAGAAAUUUGUUUUGAUACAUGGAGAAGGAUUUGGAGCAUGGUGUUGGUACAAAACUAUUGCUCUAUUGGAGGAAUCAGGAUUGCUUCCUAGUGCCUUUGAUCUCACGGGAUCUGGUAUUGAUCUGACAGAUUCAAACAGUGUCACUACAUUGGUGGAUUACUCAAAACCAUUGAUUGAUUAUUUACAAAACCUACCAGAGGAGGAAAAGGUUAUUUUGGUUGGUCACAGUAGUGGAGGUGCAUGCAUUUCAUAUGCUUUGGAGCAUUUCCCUCAGAAGAUCUCGAAAGCAGUUUUCUUGUGCGCUACAAUGGUAUCCAAUGGGCAGAAGCCUUUCGAUGUGUUUGCUGAAGAGCUUGGGUCUGCUGAGCUUUUUAUGAAGGAAUCAAAGUUUUUAAUUUAUGGGAAUGGUAAGGACAAGCCUCCUACUGGGUUCAUGUUUGAGAAACAGCAAAUGAAUGGAUUAUAUUUCAAUCAAUCCCCUGCAAAGGAUGUUGCUUUGGCAAUGGUUUCGAUGAGAUCCAUCCCUCUUGGUCCCAUCAUGGAGAAGCUGUCACUGACACCUGAAAACUACGGAACUGGCCGGCGGUUUUUCAUUCAAACACUGGAUGAUCAUGCCCUCUCCCCUGAUGUCCAAGAAAAGCUCGUAAGGGAAAACCCACCUGAAGGAGUGUUCAAGAUCAAAGGCAGCGAUCAUUGCCCUUUCUUCUCAAAGCCACAAUCACUGCACAAAAUUUUACUGGAAAUUGCUCAAAUUCCAUAGCUAAAAUGAAUUUCUGGAAAAGAAAUGCCAGGGUAUUAUUCUUUUACUUCAAGAUCAACGGUUGUACGAUAUAGAAUGAGGGCAGCACUACAUUUUGUUCUGUUUUUGUCUUUUCAAACACAGUGAUAGGGAGGAGAAUUACUAACUUAUUUCCAAUAGAAAACUAUUCGUUGAAUGUGGAGUACCUUGAAUUUUCAUGCCUAAA